UGGAAGUUUAUUCUUCUGUAGCUUUUAGUAUCUUCCAAGUUCUCCUACCCUGCUUUCUCGAUAACGAAAACGUUUCGCGAUAAGCCAUGAAUGCUGGAGCGUCUUUUCUCUCUCUCGCUCCAGACUUCUCUUAUUUGCCGAAGCAAAAGAACCCUAAUGCUUUUAGGGUUAGUAGAAAGAUAGUCUGUUCCAACUCUGAUUGGCUAAGUGAAAGGUUUUUUCGAUUCUCUUGGAAGCCACAAUACAAUUUUUGUGUGCUAUCGGUAAGAUCAGUUUCGUCGGAAAGCUUUGGUCGAAGGAAAAUCGGUAGAGUUUGGGCCGAUGUAAAGUCAGAGCCAUACGACAUCGCGGACUCGGAACCGGAUACUGUUAAGUUUCUAGAUUCUCUGAACGAUGUUGCUAUUGCAGAGGAUUCUCCGGACGGCAUGGUUCCAUGGUGGGAACAGUUUCCCAAGCGUUGGGUGAUUGUAAUUCUGUGUUCCUCUGCUUUUCUACUCUGCAAUAUGGACAGAGUAAGCGUCUUAUUUCCUCAAUUACUCUGAUCUAGAAAAUUGGCAUGGAUUCUUCUCAUUGUAAUGUUGCAAGACUAAUUUGGUUUGAUUCAAUCUUCUUUUUUCUGGGGUUACCUUCUUACCCAGGUUGCUGGAGGUAUAUGGGCAGAUAAAGUUGGUGGGAAGAGUGUACUGGGAUUCGGGGUAGUUUGGUGGUCCAUUGCAACAAUACUUACACCUGUUGCUGCUAAGAUUGGAUUGCCUUUCUUACUUGUUGUCCGUGCAUUCAUGGGGAUUGGUGAGGGCGUUGCCAUGCCUGCCAUGAAUAAUAUUCUGUCAAAGUGGAUUCCUGUUGGAGAGAGAAGUAGAUCUUUAGCUCUAGUAUACAGUGGGAUGUACCUUGGAUCAGUAACAGGAUUGGCAUUUUCACCUUUGCUGAUACAUAGGUUUGGUUGGCCAUCGGUUUUUUACUCCUUUGGCUCCAUUGGGACUGUCUGGUUUGCAAUAUGGCUGAGUAAGGCACACAGCUCACCUUUUGAAGACCCUGAACUUCGUCCUGAAGAAAUGAGGCUUAUUAUUAGUUCCAGUGUCCCUAAGGAACCUGUGACGACAAUACCAUGGAGACUCAUAUUAUCGAAAGCACCUGUCUGGGCCCUAAUAGUGUCCCACUUCUGCCACAACUGGGGGACAUUCAUUCUUCUCACAUGGAUGCCGACAUAUUAUAACCAGGUCUUGAAGUUCAACCUCAUGGAGUCUGGGCUUUUCUGUCUUUUACCCUGGCUUACGAUGGCAUUCUCUGCAAAUGCUGGAGGGUGGAUUGCAGACACACUUGUGAGCAAAGGGUUAUCUGUUACAGUGGUUCGCAAGAUUAUGCAGUCAAUUGGGUUUCUUGGUCCAGCUUUUUUUCUAACUCAGCUCAGUCACGUCGAUUCCCCUGCCAUGGCAGUUCUAUGCAUGACAUGCAGUCAGGGAACUGAUGCAUUCUCUCAGUCAGGUCUAUAUUCUAACCAUCAAGAUAUUGGCCCUCGAUAUGCUGGAGUACUGCUUGGACUAUCCAACACUGCAGGGGUACUGGCAGGUGUCCUUGGGACAGCAGCAACUGGUUACAUCUUGCAACAUGGAUCUUGGGAUGAUGUCUUCAAGGUUUCAGUUGGCCUCUAUCUGGUAGGAACUGUUGUCUGGAACCUCUUCUCUACCGGCGAGAAAAUCCUGGAUUGACCAUCAGAAUACCUACCUGAUUACAUUUGUAAGCUAGCUUUUGCCAACGUACAUGACAUCAAAAGAGAUCUGGAAAAUAAAAUUUAGAGAAGCAAGAAGAGAAAUCAAGGUGGGAGAAAAAUGGAGAAAGGAAUUCCUUGUGGUGUUUGGUUACACAAGUCAUGGAAUGCCAGGAAAACCACAAUGAAGAAUCACAUAACCCACAUAGCACAAAAAAAAAAUUUAUUCGCAGAAGUACCCCUUUCUCAACAGAAUCAAACACAUCAGCCCACUUGCUCAACAGAAUCAAACACAUCAGCCUCCAGCUUUGCCAGGCUGAUUGAACAAUGUGAAAUUCGAAAUCAUCUUAUUAUGAUGUCUAACCUGUAAUCAUUGAUUGCAUAUAUCUAAUGGAGCAAAGAUUUUUGUGUAAUUGCCGUCAGCCAUAUGCUUGUAUAUUUGUACCAGGUUAACCCUUAUCAAUUUUGUUAUAUAAUGUAAUUAAUCUGAGCCAAUUUUUUUGUAUGAUUCUGUUGCUAA